AUGGGCGCUUCUGCGUCCAAAUCAGCCCGGACCGCUGCAUUGGCAGCUUCACGGCGCCAAUACCCAAAACAGCCUUCUCCAUCGACAACUGCGCAACACUCACGAUCAUCACCGCCGCCACCGCCCGCCCGACCAACACCACAGACAAUCCACAGCGCAAAAGAAAAAGCCAGUCAAACAAAAACCGAAGCAAUCGAUCUCGACGCCCGCGAUCCUGACUUCGCCGCUUCGCUCCGCUCCAUCGGCCCCGUCACGCCCAGUCCUACCUUCUCCAACUCCAGCACUUUCAACCCUUCCUCCUCCUCAUAUGCCUCCGCCUCGUCAAACGCUGCACUCGGCACCCUCUCCGCGCGUUCCAACCUCAGCAGGCUCGCCGAGCAGGAACUGGAAUCGUUUGGCAAACAGAGCCACCCAGGGCGGCAAUUCCUCGAUGUGGUGACUAUUAAGAAUAUUGUUACCAUGCGCGACAGGGAAGGGUUAAGCCCGGUCCAGAUUGAGAAGCAUUUACGGCUGAAGGCUGGGGUUGUAGAGAGGCUGGGGAAGAAGGGUGUUGUUGGAGAGGUAUGA